AUGUCGGGCUUGUCAAACAAGUGUGUAGUAGAUCACAUCUUCACCUGUUGUGAGACCUCCGGCAGCCUCGCAGUCUGUCCUCUAACCUGUCCUCGUCCCCGUCCACAGGAGUGUCCCUCCACCCACGACCUGCUGAACUCGCUGCGGCAGGUGGAGAAGAUGUUGGCGGUCCACGAGGCGUCGUACCAGCAGGGCCUGCGCUCCCUCAGAAAGAAGAUGAGCGCUCUGCACAACAGCACCAUGGCGAUCUUCAAGACAGGCGCAACCUGCUCCAAACCAGAACCCCCCGCUCACGGCCGCAGACUGGGCAGGGUGUUCGGCGUUGGGCACGAGAUCCACUUCCUGUGCAAGCCUGGCUACGAGCUGAUUGGCCCACGCACCCGAGUGUGUCUUGAUUCUCUGAGGUGGAGCGGCCAGCAGCCAAUGUGCAGACCCCUCAACAGCAGCGAAACCUCCCUGGCCUCCUUCUCUCCUGCUGCUCCUGCCUCAUCCUUCCCUGUCUCUGCUGCUCUGUCAGCCUCCUCCUCCUCCUCCUCCUCCUCCUCCUCCUCCUCCUCUUCCUCCUCCUCCUCUGCAGCAUCCUCACCUCCACCUGUCUCCUCUACAUCACCCACGUCUUCCUCCCCGCCCUCCUCCGUCCGUCCGUCUCACUGCACUCACUUCCUGGGCUCCACCCGCUGCACAUGUGACGUGGGCUUCACCAUAUCAGGCCGCGACAACAACAUCUGCACAGGUCCUGCAGGGUCCUUGCGGUGCCCUUGUGAAAACCGGAUGCACAACUGCACAGCGGACCAGGUGUGUGUGAACACCUACGGAGGUUUCCAGUGUGCAGCGGUGGAGUGUCCUCACGUGAAGAACGCCACGUACAUCAAGACGUCUCCAAUGCGCUGUGAGAGGAACCCGUGCAUGCUGGGAGACAAGGCGUGCACCCAGGCGCCCAACUCCAUCUCGUUUCACGUGUCUCCAGUUACAUAA